ACAGACGAGGUGUACGGGGAGGGGAGACCCGACUCGGCGCCGAUGACUGAGGACCACGUGCUCGAGCCGACCAACCCGUACGCGGCCACGAAGGCUGGUGCGGAGUUUCUGGUCAAGAGCUUCCACCGUUCGUUCGGUCUCCCGACCAUCAUCACGAGGAGCAACAACGUGUACGGACCGCACCAGUACCCCGAGAAGCUCAUCCCCAAGUUUAUCAACCAGAUCCUGCGCGACCGACCAGUGACGAUCCACGGCGACGGCAUGCACACACGCAACUACCUGUACAUCUCCGACGUCGUGGCGGCCUUCGAUCUCAUUCUACACGAGGGAAAAGUGGGGGAGGUCUACAACAUCGGCGGCGAGAACGAACUCUCCAACAAGGAGGUGGCGAUGGAUCUGCUGGAGGCGAUGAAGCCGCAGCUUGUCGGAGCUGAGAAGGCCAAGAUGAUCACACACGUGCAAGACCGGCCCUUCAACGAUCACCGGUACACCAUCGACGCGGCCAAGAUCCGUCGGCUGGGCUGGACGGAGAAGGUCUCGUGGCGUGACGGCCUGCGCAAGACGGUCAAGUGGUUCUGCCGAUAUGGUCACCGCUUCAACAACAUCGACCACGCGCUCGAGGCCCACCCGGUCAACUUUAAGAAGACGUACAAGAUCAAUCUACCCUAGUCGAGAGCGCAACCGAGUGUAGCAUAUAAGCCCCCCAGCGAGAACAACACGUCCACCACAUACAGUAGAAGAUGCAAACUUUUCUACGUGUACUACAUCGUAAAUGUACGCAACAAUCGUUGCUGCUCUAUGCAGGAGUGAACAAACCAUACAGCAAUCUAACAAAGCUACGGGCUGGAGCCUCCAGGUAACAGAAGAAAAUCGUGCCUGAACGUUCGAGGCCUAGAUUAAAGUACCGGUACUUUGGUGCUGCAAGAUCUACAGUACUUGAUGCGCUCUUUACACGGAAUGCCCGCUUACUUGAGGCAGUCUUACCGUUUUUUUGUUUUUGCGCGCAAACACUUUCCUCUAUGAAGACACUGCAUCAGCUCCCGUUUAUAGUGGAGCCACAGAAGCUUUAGCUCAGGGCACAUUAUGUUCUGGUGGCUCAUUUCGGUGUCGACUUCUAACGAUUCUCAAAUUUCCUAGACGAAGCUUCCUAUUAUCACGCCCAUCCUUGUAUUGUUCACCGGUAUGAACCCGUCGGCUCCGUCGUAUCGCUAACUCGUGGCUGUAUCACGCUGUCCCGGGCAAGUACUCUUUCGCCAGUUCGAUAUCGAUCGUCUUGGCAGGUCGCAACGGCCAUGGGCGCGGCUCGAGCUGUUAGCACAUCGAAAUCAUUAGCUGCAAGCGACACUGUACUUUGGCAGCAAGAAUCCCCUUUCAAGUGAAUCCAUACAAGCGGGUAGGGCCGUAAAGUGCUUCACUCACUAAAUCCACUGCUCUUGGUCGCUGCUAUCAGAGGACUGGCGAACUACCUACUUCAGCUUGAGCAGCUAAGAGCUGGGCAGACCGCGCACUUUGAAAAUCGAGUCCGCCGUAGGUCAAAUUUCCGUUGCUGAGCACUCCUCCUCCAUAACGGUAGCCGAUCAUUAGCAGCAGUUUGGUAUGAGCUACUCUGCGGCUUCAUCGCAAAAACUAUUCGCUUCGUUGGUCUCCGUCCACUGCGCACUUAUAUGUGACUUGUGCAACCACUUCAACAACCUGACCAUUCAUAGCGCUUUCCGCGGAUUACCAAAUGCACGAAGUGGCGCUUAGCGUUUGACAUUCCGACAUGGAAAGCGUUGCAAGGGCUCUUUGGAGACCCGUAGCGAUGAAAUUGCAGGACCAAAGCUGGCUUUAUCUCGCGCUUUCCACGGCUUAGUCGCGCUCAGGAAUGGCAGGUAUCGCGGCAGUUCACUUGCCGGAGCCCCCAUUUCCAUAUUCCCGCAGCAUUGCACUCGCUGGCGUACCGCUCUCAGCGCUGCGUGGCGCUGCCGCCGCACCGCAUGCAUCGGAACCGUUUAUCGAGUGCAGCUACCAUCGAUACAGGUUGCCGUACGGGCAAUCCACACGAGUUUGCAGGGCCCUCAUUCCUCAAAAUUCCUUGAGCACAACACCCAAGCAAGAGAUCGAGACCGUGACAGUGGAUUCACCGACCAACAACCAUGGGACGCAACCGCCAUCAUCACCAGACCCGAGCGACUCACUACGACCAGCGUGAGACACGAGACGCGGAUGAAUACGACGAGUCCAAGCGCCGCAAGAUGAUCCGCUGGAUCAAGUCGCGCUUUGGAUACGUCGAGCCAGAGACGGCUCCGCAUCCGCGCGACCGCAGCAGCCUCAGCAAGAGCGGACGAUCUCGUGGCAAUAACAGCUUUUCGCUCGGAUCCUCGAGCAGUGGCAACCCGCAGUACACGCCAUCUUGCCGUACGGACUACCGCACUCACGUGUUGAUCAUCGGCGGUGGAAUCGGAGGGCUCUGCCUGGCUCAAGGUCUCAAGAAACAUGGCAUCCCUUUCACGGUGUUCGAGCGCGAUCCGUCUCCCAAUUAUCGCACUCAGGGCUACCGCUUGCGGAUCAACAGCGACGGGUACCAAGCACUGAAGACCAACCUCUCGCCCGAGAACUUUGAGGUGUUCCUUCGAGCCACAGGUCAUUUCCAGCCCGGCUUCAAGUAUCUCGAAGCUGAAAGUGGUGCCCCUGCUCCACCUAACGCGCAGUUCUCGCACAAAUCCGGCAUCACCAAGAACGUCUUCAGCGCCGACCGCGCCAUGCUGCGAUCUCUGAUGCUCACGGACCUGAAUGAACACGAAAUCCGGUACGGGAUGGCCUUCAAGAGCUUCCAUGUGCAGCCCAAUGGACGUGUGGAGGUCACCUUCGAGAAUGGCAUGACCGUAGAAGGCAGCGUGCUUGUUGGAGCCGACGGAACGACUUCGCGUGUGCGCCGACAGUACGUACCGCGAGCUGCCACGCUCCUGGACACUGAUAGCGGUGCCAUCUACGGCAAAACGAAGCUGACGCCCGAGAUCGAGAACUUCUUCGAGACCGACAAAACCACCAUGGUCAUCAGCAAGGAGCCCCCGAUGAGCCUCGUCAUGGAACCUCGCUGCAAUGUGCAGGCUGACCUGAAAGAGUUUGCGGCUAUCUCGAACACAGACGUGCCGGAUAUCCAGAACUACAUUUGCUGGGUCCUCAUCGCUCGCGCACAACACUUCCACCGGAACGAAGAAACCACAGUCCAGGAUCUCUUCUCCAUGAAGCCAACUGAAGUCGCCAACUUGUCGAAUGACAUGACGCGCAACUGGUGUCCAGAGAUCCGUGCGAUCUUCGAGCACCAGUCACCAGAAUGGAGCUCUUUCCUGCGCAUAUCGACCAUGUCCCCGGAAAUUCGCCACUGGCAGCCGUCCACGGUCACGCUGAUCGGAGAUGCAGUGCACACCAUGGCACCGGCAGGCAUUGGCUGCAACACGGCUCUCCACGACGCUCAAAUGCUGGUGAAGUAUUUCCGUGAGAUGGGUGUCGGGGUGGAUGCUAUCGCGCAGUAUGAACACAACAUGCGUCAGUACGGCUCCGAGGGUAUUGCCAUUAGCAUGGAUGCAGGGAAAAUCAUGUACGACCUACCGAGUGUCGAGGACAUGCGUGCUGUCGCCUACUGAUCCUGGAUGAGAAUCACUCAGCGUGAACUGUUACAUAUCUUCUUGAAUAACUCGCUUGAAUUACUCGUUUCUCUUACGAUGUAUUACUUGUUGUGGUACUUGUGCGGCUUUCCUGCUCCUUAUUUAAUUCGAACAAUGCGUACUUUGGAGUUGGCAGGGACAAUAAUGAUCAGCUUUUCUCGAGCCAACAAGGAUGUAUGAGGGAACGGCGCAACUCGAGCAGCAGAAAUCUCUUCGCAGCUCGGCCAAACGAUACGCCUGUCCUUGUAUCUGGCGCAGUUCAUGUAUCACUCCAUCGCAACAAACUUGGUGAGCGCAAUGGGCUGUCCUGCUUCAGGGAAGGGCUGCCCAGCCAAAGCAGUGGAGUCAGCGCAUGAAAACCCGAGAUGUUUUGCUGCCGAACAAACGUUUGCCAAGCCCCAGCCAUAGAUGUUGUUCGGGUACUCCUGGUAUGUGGUAUUACCACAUUCACUAGGAACGAGGAAAGGCUUGUGUAACUUGCGCGUCGUCGUCUCGGUGAGACUUUGCAGGACCUUCUCGUACGCUGGUGGUUUUGCCACAGAGAUUUCUUCCGAGGAAUUAUACAAACUGAGCAGCAACGCGACAGCGCCAGCCACGUGUGGCGUCGCCAUGGAGGUUCCGGUGAGCCGCGUGUAUGCACUGUCCUUGACGCUCAUAGCCGACCGAAUUCCGACUCCAGGAGCAACGAAGUCAGGCUUG